GCGAUGAAUAAUUCAACGAGAUGUUUGGCCACAGCAACAGUUUGCAACGGUUCGUCCUGUGUGGUACCUGCCAGCAAUUUCAAUGCCAUUCUAAGUGUGGUCCUGAGCACUGUCUUGACCAUCCUGUUGGCUAUGGUGAUGUUCUCCAUGGGAUGCAAUGUGGAAAUCCAGAAAUUCCUGGGGCACAUAAAGCGGCCGUGGGGCAUAUGUAUUGGCUUUCUCUGUCAGUUUGGAAUCAUGCCCCUCGUGGGAUUCAUCCUGUCAGUGGCCUUUGACAUCCUCCCCAUCCAGGCCGUAGUGGUGCUGAUCAUGGGAUGCUGCCCCGGAGGAACUGCCUCCAAUAUCUUGGCCUAUUGGGUCGAUGGCGACAUGGACCUGAGCGUCAGCAUGACCACAUGCUCCACGCUGCUGGCCCUGGGAAUGAUGCCGCUGUGCCUCUUAAUCUAUACCAAAAUGUGGGUCGACUCGGGAACGAUCAUAAUUCCCUAUGAUAACAUAGGUACGUCUUUGGUGGCUCUUGUUGUUCCUGUUUCCAUUGGAAUGUUUGUUAAUCACAAAUGGCCCCAGAAAGCCAAGAUCAUACUUAAGAUUGGAUCCAUCACAGGUACAAUCCUUAUCGUGCUCAUAGCUGUGGUGGGAGGAAUACUGUACCAAUCUGCCUGGAUCAUCGCUCCCAAACUGUGGAUCGUAGGAACAAUAUUUCCUGUGGCUGGUUACUCACUAGGGUUUCUUCUGGCUAGAAUAGCUGGUCAGCCCUGGCACAGGUGCCGCACAGUUGCUUUGGAAACAGGAAUGCAGAACACUCAGCUGUGUUCUACGGUGGUCCAGCUCUCCUUCACCUUUGAGGAGCUCAAUCAGGUGUUUACCUUCCCACUCAUCUACAGCAUCUUCCAGCUCGUCUUCGCAGCAAUAUUCUUGGGAGUUUAUUUGACCUAUAAGAAAUGUUAUGGGAAAAACCGUCAGGAAUUUUCCGAGAGCAAAAGUGAUGAAACAGUCUCCGAGUCAUCGCUCUAUAAGGUGAAUGAAGGAUUUCAAGCACAUUAAAAGUAGACAACAUAUGGACAAAAAAGAAGAAUUCUAAAGAACUACAACAAUAUUUAAAAAUAUUUCUUUUGCUGGGAUAUUUGGCAAGAAAAAAAGUGAAAAUUUUAAUUUCAACUGAAUCUAUGUAUUUAUUGGUUUGGGUACCAAGUGACUGGUGGUCCAAAUCUUUAAUGUGACAAAUAUUUAUAUGUAAAUAAAUAUUUUGUGUCUUUGAAAUAUGCCAAAAACAAUAUCUUCAAACCUUGUCUAAACCUGAUAACACCGAGAACCUCAUAACUCCUGAACUGAAUUCUUACCCAGAAUCUCAUAACUCAGAGAUGAGCACCUGACUUUUUGUAUGUUAUAACAGAUCCACUGAAUUAUUACUAUGGUGAUUAAGAUUUUCUCCAGUAUUUAUGAUUGUAAAAAGAUUGAAAUGAACAUCUUCCACUGACAUAUUAUUAUUUUGAAAAUGUUGCAACCUAUUUUUAUAACUUUGUAUUGUAACAUGGGCAAAUAUCUCAC